UGUAAAGGUUAGGUUAUGAUGGUGACCAUUAUCUCCGUGUGAUGGACGCUAGACAAUGUCUCAACAGCGGAGUCUGCAUCCACGAGUCUGUGUGGCGGAGGCUGGAUUCCUCAAUGAAUUCACGUUAACCAGAGGGACUCAACGUGUGUGUGCGUGCGCGCAUGCGUGUGUGUCACACAGCCACCGGGGACAGCAGCGCCCCUCCCUUUAAUUCACUCCAAAAUCCGAACCGAUCAGGAGACCGCAGGACUGAUAAACCAGACCCCAGGGACGUGGUCGUUUGUGUCGCUGUUGACUUGAGACACGCGAGACACAAGGUGGCGGGCGCAGUAUGGGCUGAAUCGGCUGGAGCUUGUCGUUUGGUGUUUUGCCUUUCACGAUGGAUGAACCAAACAUUCUGAGACGCCGCGGGUUGCAGAAAGAACUGAGUCUUCCACGCAGAGGAAACAUUUGCCGUAACAACAAGAGGAGAAGCCUGGCGGUUGGCACUCCCUCACCCACUCUCUCCAGACCCCUCUCUCCACUCCCUCUCACCACAGCUGGCAGCAGCCCGUCGGACAGCCCGAGAAAUGUCUCCACCUCCACCUCAGCUAACUUCCAGUUUGCUCGCAGCCACCUGGCUCGUACUGAAAGGGCGGAUGGGAGGAGGUGGUCAGUGGCCUCUGUCCCCUCGUCUGGUUACUGCAGCAACCCCCCCAGCUCCUCAGUGUCUUCCUCUUCCUCCUCCCAGGAGCUUCUUCACCAGCUUCCCCACCAGCCGACGGUGGACGACCUCCACUUCCUGUUCAAGCACUUCCGCAGCUCUGAGAGUGUAGCUGAUGACGAGUCCUCGGCCCCGCCCCCCACCUCAGCCCCGCCCCCCAGACUGCGCUCUCGCAGCCUCAGUCCCGGGCGCUCGUGUGGCUCAUUUGAUAACGAGAUCGUCAUGAUGAACCACGUAUACAAGGAGCGCUUCCCCAAGGCCACGGCGCAGAUGGAGGUUCGUCUGCGGGCGGUGCUGGAGGAGAGCUCACGGGAGGUGCUGCCGCUAGCAGACGGCGUGCUGGGUUUCAUCCAACACCAGCUGGUGGAGCUGGUCAGAGACUGCCUGGACACGGCCCAUGGAGGCCUCAUCUCCUCCAGGUACUUCCUGGAGCUGCAGGAGAAGCUGGACAAGCUGCUGCACGAGGCGUACGAGCGCUCGGACAGCGAGGAGGUGAGCGUCAUCAUCAAGCUGGUGAAGAGGAUCCUCAUCAUCAUCUCCAGACCUGCACGCCUGCUCGAGUGUCUGGAGUUUGACCCUGAGGAGUUCUACCAGCGUCUGGAGGCGGCAGAGGGCCAGGCCAGGGAGGGCCAUGGCAGGGAGGGCCAGGGCAUCAAGGCUGACAUCCCUCGCUACAUCAUCAGCCAGCUGGGCCUGACCCGAGAUCCCCUGGAAGAGGUGGUCCACCUGGAACACAGCAGCUCCAGCCACGCCCCCAACACCAGCACAGAGGGCCGGGCUGUCUGCACCCCCCCUCGUAGGAAGCCUGUGGAGAGCGACUUUGACACCAUCAAACUGAUCAGCAAUGGAGCCUAUGGGGCUGUGUUUCUGGUCAGACACAGAGAGACGCGUCAGCGCUUUGCUAUGAAGAAGAUCAACCGUCAGAACCUACUGCUGAGGAACCAGAUCCAGCAGGCCUUCGUGGAGAGGGACAUCCUCACCUUUGCUGAGAACCCCUUCGUGGUCUCCAUGUUCUGCUCCUUCGAGACACGCAGGCACCUCUGCAUGGUCAUGGAGUACGUGGAAGGGGGGGACUGUGCCACCCUGCUGAAGAACAUGGGUCCCCUCCCAGUGGACAUGACCCGGAUGUACUUCGCUGAGACGGUGCUGGCGCUGGAGUACCUCCACAACUACGGCAUCGUCCACCGAGACCUCAAACCUGACAACCUGCUGAUCACCUCCAUGGGGCACAUCAAGCUGACAGACUUCGGCCUGUCUAAGAUGGGCCUGAUGAACAUGACCACCAACCUGUACGAGGGACACAUCGCCAAGGACACCCGCGAGUUCCUCGACAAACAGGUGUGUGGGACCCCAGAGUACAUCGCCCCAGAGGUGAUCCUGCGGCAGGGCUAUGGGAAACCGGUGGACUGGUGGUCCAUGGGGGUGAUCCUGUAUGAGUUCCUGGUGGGCUGCGUACCCUUCUUUGGAGACACGCCUGAAGAGCUGUUUGGACAAGUCGUCAACGAUGACAUCAUCUGGCCAGAUGGGGAUGAUGCGUUGCCGGGCAACGCCCAGGACCUCAUCACUAGGCUGCUGAAGCAGUGUCCUCUAGAGCGCCUCGGCACCGGAGGGACGGGGGAGGUGAAGGCUCAUGUGUUCUUCCUGGGGCUGGACUGGACCGGCCUGCUCAGACAGAAGGCUGAGUUUGUCCCUCAGCUGGAGACAGAGGACGACACCAGCUACUUUGACACGCGGUCGGAGCGGUACUGUCACCUGGGUUCUGAAGAGGAUGACGAGGAGACGAACGAUGAAGAGCCGUGUUCCCAGAGAGAGCUGCGGCAGUUUUCCAGCGUGGCCCAUCGCUUCAGCAAGGUGUACAGUAGCACAGAGUACCUGUCCACAUCCACUCCGUCCAAUCACAGCCUGUCGUCCUCGGAUCGCAGCCACAGCGAGGAGAAGGAGGAACAGGGGGGCGGUGUCUCUCCUGGAGAGGGACACAAGCACAGCACCAGGACGGACGGACCCAGGGGAAGCCUGCGCCCCAGAGCCUCCUCCAGUGCCUCCUCCGAGCGCUCCUCCAGCCCCCUGCUGAUGAACAGCACCCAGAGCCUGGACACCAUGCCUCGCUUCUCCUUCUCUACAGAGGACGACGACUGUGUGGUGUCCAACCUACGUCGGAUCCGUCUCCGUAGCAACAGCACUGGAACGCGGCCGUCCUAUAGGAGAGGAGCGUCCAGACGCAUCACCCACCAGCUGGAUGCGCCAGAGAAGCCCCGCCCCCCUGCCAGCUGCAAGGUCACCAAGUCCGCCUCCGUCUCCAGCCUCUCUCUCGUCAUCACCCCGGACGACCCUGCCGGCCCCCCCACCAGCCCCAAGUCCUCCCUGUCACUGUCGUCCAACCCAUCGUCCCGGGACUCGUCCCCCAGCAGGGAGCUGGCGCUGGGCUGCAGCCUGCGCCCCCCCCUGGUCAUCCUCAGCCAGGGCAGGAGGUUCGGCUUUGCCUUGCGAGCCAUCAGAGUCUACAUGGGAGACAGUGACAUCUACACUGUUCAUCACAUGGUCUGGUGUGUGGAGGAUGGCAGCCCAGCCCAGGAGGCGGGGCUGAGAGCCGGUGACCUCAUCACCCAGGUGAACGGGGAGUCUGUCCAGGGGCUGGUGCACACCGAGGUGGUGGAGCUGCUGCUGAAGAGUGGUACCAAGGUGACACUGCAAACCACAGCUCUAGAGAACACCUCCAUCAAGAUUGGUCCCGCACGCAAGUCCAGCUACAAGGCCAAGAUGGCUCGACGCAGCAAGAAGAGCCGCAAGAAGGACGGACAGGACAGUAGGAGACGCAGUAUCUGGAAGAAGCUGUCCAAACAGACCUCUCCUGCUCCUCCUCCUGCUGCUCCUCCUGCUGCUCCUGCUCCUCCCAUGCACAGUAGCAGGAGCUUCUCCUCAGGCUUCCAGCCGUCCGUGUCCUCCAGCGACAGCCUGUCUGGCUCCCCCACCCAGAGCCUGUCCCCUGGGCCGCCCACACCCUGCUGCUCCCCCGCGCCCGACCACUCUGGAGACUCAAACUCCCCCCAGAGCUCCUCCCCCAUUUCCAGCUCCCCCAACUCGCCCGCCCCCCAGCCCCGCCCCAGCUCGCUCCAUGUGAUGGGUCGCUACAGCAAGGGGGGGCGCUGCAAGUCCACCAGCAGCAUCCCCCCCUCUCCUCUGGCUUGUAUCCCUCCUCCCCAGCCCCUCUCCCCCCAGUGCUCCCCCUCCACCCUCCCGGGGCUCUCCAAGGGCCUCCUCCACGGGAAGUCCCCCCCCACCCUGGUGCGCCAUGCGGCCCGGCCCCGCAGCGCCGAGCCCCCCCGCUCCCCCCUCCUCAAAAGGGUCCAGUCCGCCGAGAAGCUGUCGGGGGGUUACCACGGCGACAAGAAGGCAUACGCCACGCGGCACCACACCAUGGAGGUGCCUCUGUCUGAGGGGGAGGGGCUGGAGGAGGAGGAGGGGGGGGAGGGGGAGGACGGGGCCAUGGGGUUCAUGUGUGUGGGGGAGCACGGUCACCAGGGGCGGUUCCACCUGGGGGGGCCGAGAGGCAUGCGGGAGGGGGGCGGGCCCGGAGAAGUGUUGGUCAUGAGGAGGCGGGCCCUCACGGAGAGGAGGGACUCCUUUAAGAAGCAGGAAGCUGUGCAGGAGGCCAGCUUUGACAACCAGGAGGCCCAGAGCCCCACCCUGCUCUCCACCCUGCCCCAGAGUCCCACCCUGCCCACCCAACAGCGUCAGAGUCCCAGGCAGCAACGCUACAAGGCCUCCUGGAUCAACCAAGCCCAGUCCGAGUCUGGCCCGGAGCUGUCAGGGAGAGGAGUGCAGGGCUUGUCCCAGAAACCCAGAGGGAAGGACCCCCUCUAGAGGGGGAGGGCAGGAGGUUCCUCUCUCUAAGCUCCAUGGUCCUGCAUAUCUGGACAUCCUAACAUUACCAAUCCCAGACCAUGACUAGGGUUAGGGUUAGGUAGCUGAGGCUGUCAAGAAGGACUAUGUGACAGUUGGCCUGUUGUGAGUCCUGUUAUCCAUCCCACUGUACCUACCACACUGUAGAAAAGAAAGGGCCUGUGCCAAAGUGAGUUAUUUUCCCGCUCCUGUGUUUGCUUUGGUUUGAGGGUCAUAACAUGCACACCUGGAUCUAAUGGAUUUUGUAAGUAUCCUUUUUUAUGAAGCAACCUAUUUAUGAUGUUUUAUGCUUUUUAGGGUUUAUUUUCUGGGGCCCUGAAAAUGCAGCCAUAUUUCUUUGACCGUUGUUGUGAAAUUGCACAAACCAUCCUGUAGUACUAAUAGGAAUAUUACAAGUUGAAAACAAACUAUUAUAAUUAUGAAAUGAAAGAACAAUGAUUAAUUGUGGUCAAAGAAGAAAACAAUUAUUGAUUUUUAUUUGGUUUUGUUUUUAUUUGUUUUUAUUUUUAUUUGGUUUUAUUUUCUUCAAAGAUGUGGUUCCCCUCCUGAGAUGUUGUGCAAACCUGCUCUAACCCUUUCACUAAAUAGCAACAUAGCUAGCAAGCCAACAUCACUAUGUCUUCUGGGGAACCAGGGAUUACAAGUUCAAAGGUUAAAGGUUGUAAAUCCACUUUUCUGCUCUAGUUAACCAGCCCCUUGUGCCACUGCAUGAAGUUGUCAUAGCAACUACUUUAACAGGUACAGCCAUGUAGGACGCAGAUGCUAGGGGCUGUAAAUCAUCUACUGCUGACGUCAUCAACCUGGGACUCUGUUGAUGUCAUCAAACAGGGACAAUCCCAGGACAGACGUCUCUACUCAUCCUACCAUCAUAUUUAGUCCUUUCUGGAGGCAGUGGUACAAUAGCAGACCAUCAGGAACAUGACUGCCAGUUCAAUGUGCAGUUAUGUGACAAAGUAAUUUGUCCUAAAUAGAUUGCAUUUUAAGCAUACAACCUGCUAACAGUCCAGUAGAGCGAGCAAGCACCUGGCGUCUGGACCAGGAGACUUCCUCUAGUGUCUGUUGACUUUCACUGCUGAGGCAUACUGAGGGAGAAGACUGGGGUUCUUUAGCUCACAGAUGUGUGAUAGGAAUGAAUGAGUUAGGGAAGGACGUGACUGUUGAAUAAUGUGCCAGGUUAGGGGACGUGACGUUGAAUAAUUGUAAUGUUGAGUUGUGCGGCAUUCUACCUGUGGUCCACUUGGUAAUUUGGACACAUGUUUUGUGUUAGGGGGAUGUGGGAAGUGGGCCCCAGUGUGUGGGGUUCUGAGUGAGUCUGCAUGCUGAAGUCAUCCUCCCCUAGAGAUGAGCUUUAGUCAUCAGCCUCACAUGUUUUAGUCCAGUGGAACCGAACAUCAUCACAGACUCACAGAACUCAAUGAUGGAGAGAAUUCUGCCCUGAGGUUUAGUCUGUUCUGAUUCCAUCAGUGUCGCCAGUCACUUCCCAGAGUGUGUUCUGCUAACUGGUUGCCCCUAGCGACCUGUACAUCCUUCAGUCUGCCCUAUUCAGCAGCAGACCUGUCUGAAAACGGACAUGACAUUGUUUGUAUUGUCUAACAAUGUUUUCUAUUGUUUAACAUUGUUUGAAUAAAGGAACGGCAGGCGA